AUGUCUUCCGACGCCCUUGCUCCGACUUCUUCUCCGCCACGCGAUCCAGCUGAAAUCAACAAACUAGUAACCGAACAGGAUGACCAGUCUUUCUACCAUCACCCUUCAUGGCCGGAGCGAUGGUCACACCCCGAGUUUGUCGGCGACUUUGUGGACAAUUGGCGCAAAGCUCCAUGGUUUGACCAGGAUAAACGAAGCCCAAGAAACUUUCUGUACCCGAAGGUCAACUCUAUAUUCCCCUGGGGUUAUUUUAUAUACCGAACAGUCUAUACUGCCGAAUCAGAUGAGCUAUGGCCUUUUGCUAUGGAUAAACUGGCUAAAAAUAUGGAUAACCAGAUCAACUCUGAUCUUUACGCCGAUAAUCGACGGAAGAAGCCUAAGGAUGAAGAGCCAGAUGGUGAUGCUGAACGGUUGGUGAUGGAAACACACAAGGAUGUUAUUUUCUCCGAUAAGCAGUUCUGGGAUAGAGCAACUAUCGAGCAGGUUCGAGAUCAUUUUGUAGAGUAUCUUCGUGCAAGCAAGGGCGAAGGAACUGGUCGAUUCGAAGGCUGUCUUUUGAUUGAUGAGCGGUCGCUAAAGUCAAUCAUUGCUAGUUCUGACCCUCUGCCCUGGCUUGAGGGGGAAAGGCCUAGACUUCCUGUUAAGACUCGGGGAUUUGUUGGCAUGAUCGAUGGGCGGUAUCCGGAUAAUCGGUGGAAGGCACGAUAUACGGGCUAUAUGCGAGUGGAUAUUCGUUCUCUGUGGCAUCUCUAUAGGGAGUUGAGCCGGAGAAAUAUGCAGGAGCUCUGCCCCUCCGAGAUUGUUCCUGAGGGAUUGAUUCCGUUUUAUGACAGUGGGAUGGGGAAAGCGCAAGACAAGGAGGGGAACUUUAUUCCAACGGUGGCUGAUCGAACGACUCGAAUAUUUUGA